GGGCCACUCCCGCCCUCGGCGCUCGCUGCUCUAGAUAUCCGCCCCUCCUAUAUAUACUAUGUCACGUGAUUUUCUGCAGGGAGGCUGCCGGCCGCGGGUUGGGCAGAGCCGGGUGGCUGUGGAGGAGGAGAGAUGGCGGCGGCGGGCCCUGGGAAAGAGGAGCAGCAGCCGCCGGAGCCCCCACCGCGGAAAGGGGGUGAACCUGCCCGAGGCUCCAGAUCAGAUCAGAUUCUUCAGACGGGAACUGUUCUUCUCAAGGGCUUUAUCAGGGACCGAGUGCAGUGCUGUGGAGACUCGGGACGUAUUGAUGCGACAAUGGCAGAGCUCGGGGUCUCCGAGUCUGAGGCUUGUGACCCGAAAACCAAGCAGCUGAGCGAUUGCCUGCGCCGAAUUGGAGACGAGCUGGACGGGAACAUGGAGCUGCAGAGAAUGAUAGAGCAAGUUCAGAUGUAUCCUCCCAAGGAAGUUUUUUUCCGAGUGGCUGCAGAGAUGUUCUCGGAUGGAACCUUCAACUGGGGCCGUGUGGUGGCUCUUUUUUACUUUGCUUGCAAGCUGGUCCUCAAGGCAAUUUGCACUAAAUUACCAGAGCUCAUAAGGACGAUCAUCAGCUGGACCAUGGAAUACAUCCAGAAUCACGUCCUGUCCUGGAUCCAAGCCCAGGGAGGAUGGGAAGGCCUCCUGUCCUACUUUGGCACCCCCACUUGGCAGACCAUCGCUGUAUUUGCCGCAGGUGUCUUGACUGCCUCGCUGACCUUCUGGAAAAUGUCUUAAUCCUCAGCCCCCCCACCAAAGGGGGGCCUUUUCAUUGUGAUGACAAAGGGGGGAGUCACUUUCCCCUCUUUUUUUCUAAUCAAAGAAUGAAAAUUGGCUAGGAUUUUCCCCCUCCUGUUAUGGGCAGGGGAGCUUUUAAAACAAAUGCUGUCAUUAUCUUGGUGCCUUUUUUUUCUUUUUAAGUGCACACCCUUCUUUCACCCAAGGAAUGUGUACUAUUUGGCUUUGCUUUUUGCCUAUCUGUGCCUCUUAGGGUCAGAGGACAUGGAGUGUUUUUGGACUAUGAAAUGAAGGAUCUGAGUGGCUGUUCUUGUUUGCUGGAGGGUCUGUCGAUGCUGCUGAAUUCCUGUUCAGUUUUUGAGAAAGAGGAUGACUCUCUCAGGUGGCAUCUCUCAAACUCAAGUGAGACCACUCUAGAAAUGCAGAUUGAGAAAUCCUCAAGAGGAGAGAACCAAAUUCUUUCCCUGCAGAACUUGAGAAAUUGUCUGAGCAGAUGAUAGUGGUUUGGAUUUCAGGAUUUCAAGGCAACUUCCUGACCCGGCUAAGAAUCAGCACUGCCGAGGAAGUGAAUUUAGGCAGAGACUCUGCAGCAACCGAUUUGUGUGUUGGGUCUUUGUUUUUCUGUUUGCCUGUCCUUGUUUUGAGGAAACUUCCAUACCUGUUAAAACAGUAGGAAUUCCA